AUGGCAAAAUUGGUGCUAGCGCUGCUGCACGCCUCCCGAAGGCUGCGCAGAUAUUUUACUGGACAUGUGAUCACCGUGCUUACAAACUUCCACAUCGGCACGAUAUUGCAGAAACCAGAAACGUCCGGGUGGUUAGCGAAAUGGGCCAUAGAGCUGGGAGGCCACAACAUUUUGUACAGGUCGCGCCCAGCCAUUAAGGGCCAAGUCCUAGCUGACUUCAUCACAGAAGUCCCAGUUGAUAAAAUCAAAGAGUGUGAGCUGGUAGAGACCCCUGAACAAGACACGACAAAUGAGACUUGGAUGCUUUAUACCGAUGGGGCCUCAAAUGAGGACGGCGCGGGAGCGGGAUUGCGCCUUGUGAGCCCUGAGAAUCAUGAAUUUACCUACGCCAUCAAGUUGGACUUUAAAAACACCAACAACGAGGCGGACCAAGUUAAUGGUAUAUAUGAUGCAAAGGGCGAAGUCAUGGCCCUGUAUCUAGAGCAGGCAAAAGAAUUGCUUCAACAGUUCAAGUCUCACAAGCAUCUGGCUAAAGACGUAAGGAUCGAAAUACUCAAGAAUCCAUCAGUCUUACUUCGACAGGUCAAUGUGAUCGAGAUAGGGCAACCAUCCUGGAUGACCCCUAUAAUUCAGUAUUUGCAAGAAGGAACGCUCCCUGAGAACAAAGCAGAGGCAAGGAAGAUUCAAAACAAGGCCCUGCACUACGAGUUGAAUGACGGUAUUCUCUACCGAAAAUCCUUUUUAGGGCCACUGUUGCGCUGCGUGGACCCCCAAGAUGCGAAUUACUUGAUCAGGGAGAUCCACGAAGGGAUCUGCGGCAUCCAUGCAGGGCCACGCAUGGUAGUCGCGAAGAUUAUGAACGUCGGAUAUUACUGGCCAGGGAUGCAUGUCGACGCCCUGAAGGAGAUCCGCAAGUGCGACUCUUGUCAGCGACAUUCUCCAAAAACCAUGCGCCCUCAAAAUGACCUUAUCCCUGUAUCCACUGCAUGGCCUUUUCAGCAGUGGGGUAUCGACAUGGUGGGACCCUUCCCAAAGGCGCCUGGUGCCGUGAAAUUUAUAAUAGUGGCCAUCGAUUACUUCACGAAAUGGGUGGAGGCCAAAGCUCUCGCUUCAACUACAGCUAUGAUGGUGCGCAAGUUCAUUUGA